AUGUCAUCCACUGUCACUGUCCCACUGCAGCUGAUUGAAAGUGUGGAGUGUCGGGAUCUGACGCAACUGCACCUCACCUGCAAAGACUGCAAGGUCAUCAGGUGUGCGUUCCAGUCGACGGAGCAGUGUCAGGAUUGGCUGAGGAGGAUUAGCGCAGUUGUGCGGCCGCCGGCCCGGUUACAGGAGCUCUUCGCCUUCGCCUUGCUCUCGUGCAGCGCCAGUGUGUCCGCUGAGGACAGAGAGGUGCAUGAUGGGAUCUGCCGUGCAGCAGGAGGACGUCAGCGAAGGUUCAAGCGCGAGCUGGAGAGGAUGGGCUUCGACACACACAGUGCCUGGAGAAUCUCCAACAUCAACACACACUACAGGGUCUGUGCCAGUUACCCAGAGCAGAUCAUCGUUCCCGCUGCGGUGUCGGACCAGGAGCUGGAGAACGUGGCGGCGUUUAGAUCCUGGAAGAGGAUCCCGGCCGUCGUUUACAGACACCAGAGUUCGGGCGCUGUGAUUGGUCGAUGUGGGCAGCCAGAGGUCAGCUGGUGGGGUUGGAGAAAUGCCGACGAUGAGCGUUUGGUUCAAGCCAUCGCUAAAGCCUGUGUCACGGAUCCGGCGUUGAGCGCGGCUCAUGCUAACGGCUCAUGCGUUCGCCAUCAUCACGCCAAGGCUUCGCUCGGUGACUCCGGUUCUCACACGGCCAAUGGGAACGUAGAGGCCACGCCCCCUCAGAAGCUGUUAAUAAUGGACGCCCGGUCGUACGCGGCGGCGGUAGCCAAUCGGGCGAAGGGAGGCGGGUGUGAGUGUCCAGAGUAUUAUCCCAGCUGUGAGGUGAUGUUCAUGGGCAUGGCCAACAUCCACUCCAUCCGGAAGAGCUUCCAGUGUUUGCGGACUCUCUGCGCUCAAGUCCCGGAUCCGGUGAACUGGCUGUCGGCGCUGGAGGGCACUAAAUGGCUCCAGCAUCUGUCUCUGCUGCUGAAAGCGUGUCUCCUGGUGGUGAGCGCUGUGGACCGGGACCACAGGCCGGUUCUGGUGCACUGCUCCGACGGCUGGGACCGGACGCCUCAGAUCGUGGCUCUGUCCAAACUCCUGCUCGACCCCUUCUACAGGACCAUCGAGGGUUUCCAGGUGCUGGUCGAGAGCGAGUGGUUGGAUUACGGGCAUAAGUUUGCCGAGCGCUGUGGUCACGCUGAGAACGCGUCCGAUGUGAACGAGCGCUGUCCUGUGUUCCUGCAGUGGCUCGACUGCGUUCAUCAGCUCCAGAGGCAGUUCCCAUGCUCCUUUGAGUUCAACGAGGCCUUUCUGGUGAAGUUGGCGCAGCACACGUACUCGUGUCUGUUCGGGACGUUCCUGUGCAACAGUGUGAAGGAGCGAGAGGAUCAGUGUGUUCAGGAGAAGACGUGCUCGGUGUGGACUCUCCUGAGGCCGGAGAACUCAUCGUUCCUCAACAUCCUCUACUCACCGCGCUCAGAGACCGUUCUGCACCCAGUGUGUCACGUGAGGAACCUGAUGCUGUGGAGCGCCGUCUACCUGCCUAACUCCGCCCCCUCCACGCCUUCUGACGAGUCAUGUGUGCCUAACUCCGCCCCCUCAGCCUCAGCUGUGAGCAGGUUACCAAAGACUCGGUCGUACGAUGAUCUGCACACAUCGUGUGAGGGUUCGACCCCGCCCCGCCGCAGCAGCGACCCCAGCCGGACUGAGAAGUGGCAGGACCGUCUGAGCGCGAUGAGGAGCGCGACCAAAGAACCGGACAAGAGCCGGCCCGAUCCGAGACUCGGCUUACUCACCAGCGACUCUGACGCAUUAAAGGGGGCGGAGCUUUCUGUGACUGACAGCCAAAUGGAACAGGAAGUGAGAGAGGAGGGUAACAGGAAGCUGGAAGUUGUAAAUAACACGCCUGCCUUCGAUAUUCCAGAUCAUUUUGAGAGUGAGGACCAAAGGUUUGGAUCACCAGAAGAUAUUAAAGAUCACGCUGUGGAACGUUCCACUAAAUCCCAGCAUCCUCUUCCCUCUCACGAAAACAGCGAGUUGCUAUCAAACGGGUUAGAUCUAAAUAAUCACGCCCCCUUUACAAUUACCCAUGAUCCUUCAGAAUCUAGCAGCCAAUCUUCCAUGGAGAGUUCUUCCAGUCCGAACCACACCCUCAACGGCGUCUGCUCACCUUCCCAGCAUCCCGUUCAUCCGCUUUCGGCCAAUCAGGACGGGUUGAGUGUUCACAGCGACGCUGUACAGGUGCGCCUGCGAGAGAUGGAGGCGGGGCAUCAGCUGCAGGUGGAGACGCUGAAGAAACAGGUGCAUGAGCUCUGGAGCCGUCUGCACGUCAACGGGAAGCUGACGUCUCUUCCGGACGCGGAGAAUAACCUGGAGGUGCAGCGCUGCGGCGCCACUGAUCUCCUGUCCGAGGCCAGCUGGGACCAGAUCGGACAACGGGAAGCAGAGGUGACGCAGUGGUACUCGGAUCACCCGGCGUCCCGUUGCUAUGGCUGCGAGAGGACAUUCUGGCUGGCGGGGAAGCAUCACUGCAGCGGCAGAGAGCCGGUUGAUGAGGCCUGGAACUGUGGGAAUGUGUUCUGCACGAGCUGCUGUGACCAGAAGGUGGCGCUAGCGAGUCAACAGCUCCGCGAGCCGAACCGCGUGUGUCAGGCGUGUUACGGGCACCUCCGGCCCUCAUCCGUUCCUCCUGCGCUCCCGCCGGCAGACCUGGAGCUGGAGAACCCCAUCACUGCCAGCUCCAACUGAGCCGGAUCCCAGCCGCAUCUCAGCCGGAUCACACGGAGAACCCCAUCACUGCAGCUCCAACUGAGCCGGAUCCCAGCCGCAUCUCAGCCGGAGAACUGGAGAACCCCAUCACUGCCAGCUCCAACUGAGCCGGAUCCCAGCCGCAUCUCAGCCGGAGAACUGGAGAACCCCAUCACUGCCAGCUCCAACUGAGCCGGAUCCCAGCCGCAUCUCAGCCGGAGAACUGGAGAACCCCAUCACUGCCAGCUCCGACUGAGCCGGAUCCCAGCCACAUCUCAGCCGGAGAACUGGAGAACCCCAUCACUGCCAGCACCAACUGAGCCGGAUCCCAGCCGCAUCUCAGCCGGAUCACACGGAGAACCCCAUCACUGCAAGCUCCGACUGAGCCGGAUCCCAGCCGCAUCUCAGCCGGAGAACUGGAGAACCCCAUCACUGCCAGCUCCAACUGAGCCGGAUCCCAGCCGCAUCUCAGCCGGAUCACACGGAGAACCCCAUCACUGCCAGCUCCAACUGAGCCGGAUCCCAGCCGCAUCUCAGCCGGAGAACUGGAGAACCCCAUCACUGCCAGCUCCAACUGAGCCGGAUCCCAGCCGCAUCUCAGCCGGAUCACACGGAGAACCCCAUCACUGCCAG